GCCCAGACCCUGCGAGGCACUACAGCACCGAGGACCAGGCGCUGGACCACGAGGCCCUCCGGCUGGUGUGGGACCUGCAGAGGGUGCCCGUCUCCGCGCGCGGCGAGCGCGGCGCCGCUGCAGACCAGGCGGCGGACGACGGGGACGCGCAGCAGGGCUGGGAGGACGACGAGGAGACCGACUCGGAAGAGCCGUCGGACGACGAGCAGGGCCGCGAUUGCACCUCCGUGACGUCCGUGACGCAGGGCGGCGCCAAGCUGGGCAGGGGCCUCUCGCUAGUGCUGAACAGCAGGCCGGUCAAGCCGCACCGCCGAUCGCGGCAGCGGGCCAGGACCCACCCUCGCGCCCGGCGGCCACCUCGACGGUCGCAGCCAGCGAGGGGCGACCGCGGCGACCGCCACCGCGGCAGAGGGCAACGGCCCGCCGCGGCCGUGUCCAUGCCCUCGCUGACGGCGCACCUCCUCGCGGAGCCAACAGGCGCCGGCUACAGGGGCGACGGCCGCCGGGACCACCCCGAGGAGGACGCGAGGCCGCUGUUGGCCCGCAGGUCCUCGAAGUCGCUGGCGGAGAGGAGCAGGAGAGGCCCUGCAGGACUCCUCCGAGAUCCAGCGGGACCCCUCCGCGGCGACGCGGGAGAAGUGGCUGCUCGACGACCCGCGGCGCAUGGGCGACCAAAUCACCGGGCUCCGCCGCCUGUUGGUGGCCCAGCGCACCUGCGGAG